GACGCAUCACACACACCCAACUUGACAGAGGAUGAGAUGCGCCCUGGAUGCCGCAUUGCCGACGCCCGGGUCAGACACACCAAGACGCACGCAGACGAAAACGGCAUUCAUCCAGAUCCAUCACUCCCCCCUCAAAAUGGUAGGGAUGAAACAUGCCAAAUUUCCUGUGCCUUGAUUUCUGCAUCUGCCAACAAUGGGCAAGGUCGAGAAAAGGCCGUUCCGCUAGUCUCUGGAGAAGGCUGGGCCUAGACUCCCGUCGUAAAUCUGGGUUUUGGCCCAAUUGCCGUGGGCAGACGGGACCACGAACCACGCGAUCGAGUUCGGGGAAAGGCCGCUAUAGGGCAGCGGCUGGGUCACUCUGGACUCCUGGAGUCUGCGGAUACUGAGCUACAACCUUCUUGGUCAGUGGGCCAGUUUGUCUAUGAGUAAGCGUGGU